UCUCCGCAAACCCAAUCUGAUUUACAUCUUCCGGCCAGUUUACGAAAUCUUUGGUUAAUUACAUCUACCUAAGCUCCCGAGACCAAGUUCAGUCGCUGAAGAUUGGAGAAACUAGGAGCAUUUUGAAUUCAAGGAGUUGUCGAAUAUGUCCUUCUCUAGUUUUCGACGGCGACCAGCGACAGCGACAUCUUCUUCUAACGAUGGCCAAAAGGAAAGCCACCAGCCCAGCAUUGAAGACCCGGCAGUCUUGAAGCGGGAGACCAGAGCACGCCGUGUCUUUAUCUGGAUAUCAUGCUUCUGCUAUCUAAUGGCUAUUAUCUUCUUAAUUCUGGUCGAGAUAGGAAACACUAGAAACGCGCCGGUGAUUCGUGACAUCUACUUCUUCAAGCUUGAUCUUACCGAUAUUCUUCCCCGAUCAGCACCGACAACUUUGAGUUUACAGAAUUCGAUCGCACGGACUCUAGGUCUACACGAUUUCUACCAGGUCGGUCUCUGGGGCUUCUGUGAAGGAUACAAUACCGAUGGAAUUACGUAUUGUUCCACCCCGGCUACUCUCUACUGGUUCAACCCGGUAGAGAUCAUUCUGGGCGAACUGUUCGCUGGGGCUUCCAUCGCAUUGCCUUCCCAAGUGAACGAAAUCUUGAAUAUAUUACGCAUCGCCUCAAACAUUAUGUUUGGGUUUUUCAUUACCGGGGCACUUCUGGACUUUGUUUUAAUGUGCCUAACUCCAGUCGUUGUGUUCUCGCGAUGGUGGAGUGGUCUUCUAGGCUUCUUGGCCUUCCUUUCUACACUGCUAGUUCUAAUAGCUAGCGCCCUCGGCACAGCUAUGUCCCUCGUUUUCAAGUAUGCUUUAACAUCACAGACGGACCUCAACGUCAAGGCGGAUGUUGGUAUAAAGAUGCUUGCGUUUAUGUGGAUAGCGACGGGAUUUACAUUGAUUUCUUUUAUAAUCCAUGCCAGUUUGUGUUGCUUCUGUACCUCACGCCGAGACAUUCGUACUGGACGAAGGAAUGCAAGGCAUCUCAAGGACGUUGGUUCUAAGGAGAAGGGUAGGACUACGAUGGCCACCUCGGGUUAGCCGUGGGAAAUUUAAGCCAACGACCAAAGCAAAUAUUUCUGCAGAGAUUCUCACGGGGAAAUUAAAAGAUACUCAUUUCAUUCAUGCUUGAUAUUUCACCAGGAUAAUUAUUGGGUAUAGACUAGGGACUCGGGAUGGAGGCAGCUCUAGAAAAUUAUAUAUUAUUAUUAAGAUAGUUUUAUCAAUCAAAUAAUUAAGACAAUAGGUAUGAUGACAUGGAUAAUAUGGCUGAUUGAUUUUAAUGUAUCAUACCAUACCUAGG